UGGUCACUUCCGGUGGAGCUGAGCACUGCGUCCGGGUCAGCUGUUGCUGUCGCCGCCGCUGGAGCUGGGGCCGGAGGACCGGGUUGGGGUCUACACUGCCGACCGAGGGGAGCAGGCUCCGCUCGGCGCCACCUUUUGCGACCUGGCCGUCAGCCCCACGUCGCCGGCCUGGAGGGGCGAAGAGGACGAGGGAGCCAAGGCUUCCUCCGGGGACAUUGGCUCUCUGGAUUAUCAGGGGUCUGUAGUUGACAUUGAAUCCAGGCUGAGGAUGGAAGGUGUGGAACUUAAAGAAGAAUGGCAAGAUGAAGAUUUUCCAAUACCUUUACCAGAAGAUGAUAGUAUUGAAGAAGAUAUACUAGCUGUAACUGGACCAGAGAGCCAGCCUGGCUCACCAGAAGUUAAUGGAAAUAAAGUGAGAAAGAAACUAAUGGCCCCAGAUAUUAGCCUGACACUGGAUCCUAGUGAUGGCUCUAUAUUGUCAGAUGAUUUGGAUGAAAGUGGAGAGAUUGACUUAGAUGGCUUAGACACACCGUCAGAGAACAGUAAUGAGUUUGAGUGGGAAGAUGAUCUUCCAAAACCCAAAACUACUGAAGUAAUUAGGAAAGACUCAAUUACUGAAUACACAGCUGCAGAGGAAAAGGAAGAUGGACGACGCUGGCGCAUGUUCAGGAUUGGAGAACAGGAUCACAGGGUUGAUAUGAAAGCAAUCGAACCCUAUAAAAAAGUUAUCAGCCAUGGAGGAUAUUAUGGGGAUGGAUUAAAUGCCAUUGUCGUGUUCGCUGUCUGUUUUAUGCCUGAAAGUGGUCAACCUAACUAUAGAUAUCUAAUGGACAAUCUCUUUAAGUAUGUUAUUGGCACUUUAGAGCUGUUAGUAGCAGAAAACUACAUGAUAGUUUAUUUAAAUGGUGCAACAACUCGAAGAAAAAUGCCCAGUCUGGGAUGGCUCAGGAAAUGCUAUCAGCAAAUUGAUAGAAGGUUACGGAAAAACCUAAAAUCUCUAAUCAUUGUACAUCCUUCUUGGUUUAUCAGAACACUUCUGGCAGUCACAAGACCAUUUAUUAGCUCAAAAUUCAGCCAAAAAAUUAGAUACGUCUUUAAUUUGGCAGAACUAGCUGAACUUGUCCCCAUGGAAUAUGUUGGCAUACCAGAAUGCAUAAAACAGUAUGAAGAAGAAAAGCUUAAAAAGAAACAAAAAAGAGUUGACCAAGAGCUUAAUGGAAAGCAUGAUCAAGCUAAAAGCGAACAGUAGGUUGGCACCUAGUCCAGACAAGACAGAAGAGUGUGCUAAGGAAGAAGCACUCUUGCAUUUGUAAUGCUUUUAGUAGUCUGUGUUUCCAUGUAAUCUGUUACAAAAUUGACUUGACUUUUUUUAAUGGACUUUUGUACAAGGGACUGUUCACUGCUGUAUUGGUUUGCAAAUCUCUUGAAUUUAGCUCUUUAAUAGCUAACUAUACUGUAAUCAUUUUAUAUUGCUAAAUAGCAGAGAACCACAGUUUAUAUAAACCAGUUUUUUGGCAUUUGUAUAUUGAAUAAUGCAUCUUCUUCCAUAAAAUAUUUAUAUGCAUAAAUGAUAAAGGAAAGAAAUAAUAUAUAUUUUUAUGUUUUUGAGCAAUAUUUUUAAAUGUAUACCUGUCUUGUGUAAGAACAUGCAGGUAACUAAGACCAUGACUUUGUAAAGUGCACAUCAGAAUAUUUGUGUUUGUAAAUGGUUCAAUACAUUUCCUUUGUAACUUAGAAAGUUAAGUGCUCAUAAAAUGAGGGACAGUUAAACUGAUUCUCAUGAAUACCCAAAGAUCAUGUACAUAAUCUAAGUAGGUUAGUGCCAUCCCAAGGCUUUCUUCUCACUUAAUAUGUAUUAUUCCUUAAUGCAGAAGUGCAAAUACAAGUGCAUUGAGCACUUUUUUUUCCUUUUAAGCUUAAAGACAAGUCAAAAGGCCAUUUUUAGAACUAGAGAAUUUAAGAGGCUAGGUAUUGGCAUUUGUGUGUAUGUGUAUAUAGGACACUUGACCUUGUCACCCGAAGUCAGAACUCUAUACAGAUGUUGAGUUUGUUCACUAAUGUAAAGCAAGCUGUGUCCAGGGUGUGGCUUCCCUGUGCAUGUGAGUGCUGUGUAGUAUGCAGCGCGUGGGGAGUUACCCACAACACAACUCUUUGUGUAGAAAACGAGCUGCUUUCCAACUGUGGGCCCUUUAUCAAAAUACAUCCAUAUCAUUCAUUUGAACUCGGUAGUUGUCUGACCUCAUCAGAUACGGCGUGCGUCCCGGUUUCUGUUGAAUUGUGUCUGAGAAUACUGUCAAUAAGGUUAAUGUUGUACGUUUCAGAGCAUCAUUCUCUUGUGUUGUUUUGGAUGCAUAUAAACUUGUUUCAUUUGAAAGUACCUUUAUGUUGAAAUAAGUUGUACCUGUCCUUCCUAACAGAGCUUAAUUACUCACAAACCAUUCUAAAACAAUUGUGUCAUAUGCUUGAGUGAGGCGUAUUCAUUUAGUAAACUUAAUACCCUCAGAAUUUCGUCACACUAGUUCCCACUCUUCUGCAGGGUGUUUACAAGAGAAUGGCCUAAAGUAGCAAAGUUAAAAUGGAUAUGAACAGACUUCUGAGAUGUAUUCUGUUGGACUGAACACACGUGUCUUUUACCAUUGCCGUUUUUGUCGUAUAAAGUUCAUGUCACAAAAGGGAAUUUUCCUUUAUUUCUUGUCUUCCUCAAUCAUAAACUUGGAGUGCUGUCUUAAAUCCCUCUAUGGGAGAUGCUGGAGGAGUCCCAGGUUGAGAUGUUCCCCAGCAGCCUCCUGACUUGAAUCCAACAGCUCUAAGCAGAUCCUGAUCUAAUUUUUUACAGUGAAUUAAGCCAAAGCUAUUAUUCCAUGCUCAAAUUUUAGAAACACUUUCUGUUGAAAAGCAAACUAACAGUAAUAAUUUAAGCAUUCAUUCUGAGUUUACGAUGUGAGGAUUAUGAAUAAAACAUGUUAAUUGUGA